CAACUUGUCUCGAGUGAUCAGUGCCGUCGACGCUCGCUCCCUGAGCGCGAGUGGUGCGCGCAGUCGCAGGAGAGACGCGCGGAGUCAGUCAGUGUCAGGGAGCUUUGAAGGGGUCACAGCUGAGCACUCACACACACUCAACUCUUGUGUUAUGCAUCCUUUUAAGCGAAAAGAGCUAGGGGAAAUACUUUUGUGCAGUGUUUCCCUGUGUAGUCAUCGUGUCUCGUCUUCGGGUGGCGGAUCUUCGUUGUGUUUGGUGUUUUAAUAGAGUGAACAGUGAGGACAAACGGAGCGCUCCAGAGAUCAGCGGUGUGCUUGAGUUCCGCGCCCGGGAUGGCCUCAUCGCGCCAGGACUACAUUGCCCCAUGGUGGACCUACUGGCUGCACAAUUUCCCGCAUCUUAAUGUUAAUUUCCAGGCGGUUGAUAACACUUUUAAACCGGAGGACGCCAGCUAUCAGCAGUCUCUGAUCUUCCUGGCCUGUGUUUCUGCGGUGGGUCUGGGAUUGAGUCUGCUGGUAUUGUCUAUAUAUCUGACCUGCCUGUGCUGCUGCCGAAGGGAAGAGGAUGAGGAAGUCAAAAGGCCUGACACCUGCUGUGUCACAUGGGCUGCUGUUAUCACCGGUCUGGUCAUAUGUUCAGCGGUGGGCGUGGGUUUCUAUGGAAACAGCGAAACCAACGAUGGAGUUUACCAGUUGACUUACUCAAUUUAUAAUGCCAAUCACACACUGGGUGGCAUUGGCAGUCUGGUGGGAAACUCCUUGGGUAGUAUGCAGGUUGGGCUGAAAGAGCACCUGGAGCGGUUGGAUGAGAUAUUUUCUCCACGGGGAGACUACACUCAAACCUUGCGCUUCAUGCAGCAGAUGGCUGACAACAUUAUCCAGCAGCUGACAGCCAUGCCAGACACAAAGAAGGUGCAAGUGGAUUUGGCAGCCAUCGCAGACCAAACUGCAUUCAUAGAGUACUAUAGAUGGCUAACAUACCUGCUGCUUCUGAUUUUGGACUUGGUCAUCUGUCUCUUAGCAUGUUUGGGAUUGGCAAAGCAGUCUCGAUGGCUGCUUGCAGUUAUUAUGGUGUGUGGGGUCUUGACUCUGAUCAUGAGUUGGGUGUCAUUAGGAGUGGGCACGGCCACAGCUGUGGGCACCAGUGACUUUUGUGUUUCUCCUGACAAGUUCAUUGUCAAUCAAACCAAAGACUCCUUAAGUGCAGAUAUAGUGCACUAUUACCUGUACUGCAGCCAGAGUCUUCCUAAUCCGUUCCAGCAGUCUCUGACCAUCUUCCAGAGGUCUCUGACCACCAUGCAGAUACAGGUGCAAGGUUUGCUGCAGUUCUCUCUCGCCGUGUUUCCCACCGCAGAGUAUGAAUCAUUUCAGAAAGAUCUUCUUGGAAUUCAGCGUCUCUUGAACUCCUCAGAGUUCAAUUUGCACCAGCUCACCGCCUUGCUGGACUGCCGUAGUCUUCAUAAAGACUAUCUGGAGGCUCUGCUGGGUGUUUGCUAUGACGGUGUGGAGGGGCUCCUGUAUCUGUGCCUGUUCUCUCUGCUGGCAGGCUGUGCCUUCUGUGCCCUGCUGUGCGCCGUCCCACGGGCCUGGACCCUCAUCGCCAUCAGGGACAGGGAUUAUGAUGAUAUCGAUGAGGAGGACCCCUUUAACCCAUCGAGACGCAUCAAUGCGUAUAACCCCAGCCGAGCUCAAGUUCACAGUUUCUGCAGCUACAGCAGCAGCAUGGGCAGCCAGACGAGCCUUCACCCUCCGCUGCAGGCCACAUCUAGCACUCCAGAGUACAUGAACCAGUCCAUGCUGUUUGAAAGAAAUCCUCGCUAUGAAAACGUCCCUUUGAUUGGGAGCGGUUCACCACCGCCAUCGUUGUAUCCCCAGACAUUUAGAAACAUAUUCACCCAGCAUGAGGACCACCUACCUGUCUAUGACUGAUGCCCAAAUCAGACAUUUUGGGACAGACUUUCAGGUGUAGGUUUUCUGGGUCCUCAUCCCAAAGGAGUCUGGCGACGUGAGAUGAAGAUUAAAAUCACUCAUCGUCUUUGAAUCAUCUCAAAGGACACACGUGGAUGGUAAAGCACAAAUAUUUAAUGCGAAUUAAAGGGAGUUCUCAAAGACUGCAUGCCAUCCAGAGCAUUAAAAUACACUUCUCAUCUAGAAAGGCAAAGGAUACCUCAGAGGUUUAUGGGUGAGCUCUGAUCACGUGUAAAUAUUCGCUUGUUCUCCUCAGGGGCUCAUCAGAUCAUUGAUAAAUUGUUUUUUUGUGAAAGAAAUGGACUGGAUCAGAAAAAGAUCCUUGAAUAAUAAUACUUCAGCUUCGGUUAUGCAAAUGCCAAUUAAUAGCUAAAGAAAAUGAAAAAGAAAGGAAAAAAAAUAAUUUUAGCACACAAAGGCCUUGAGCUCCAUAAUGAGCCUUAAAUUAAUAUUUCUCUGACUUUUGUACAGGUUAAGGAUGUAGCCUGAGAAAAAUGGCCAAUUGGAUGGCCUUCUGCGAUCUGACAGACUAAAUGGUGUUCUGUAAUGAAUAUAUUUCGCAUGAGGAACAAGGUGUUUUGUUUGGUGCCUCUCUUUAAAUAUAUGAAAUUCUGUGCUGUGAUGUGAUUUCGCCUCAUAAAUGUAGCAGUCAAAUAGGUCUGCAAUUCAUUCCAGACAAAAUACAUGAGGCUCACAGCACAGAACAAAGAUAAAUAUGAAUCAUUUUCUGCAACAUUAGAUAUGGGGAUGAACAAUUUGGAUAUGGAAAUCACUGACAGACUAGUUGUAUGUUUGGUUCAAGCUUCUUAAAGUAUCUUUGCCCGUAUGCUUGUGUACUCAAACUAGAUCAAAGCUGGCGAAGCCUAUUUUUCUAGGUUAAGCAUUGUUUGUGUUUCUACUGAUGUACUAUAUAGAUAUGGCCAAUCUAAAGAAAUGUCUUUAUUAAGGUUUUUUUAGGCUCACUGUACAGUUGUCUAGACAGACAGCUGUUUAUGAUCCCAAUGAAUAAAAAAUAUAUAUAUAAAAUUAGAUUAGCUGAUAAAUGUUGAAUUCUACCAUACUAUAUUGUCUUUUUUUUUUUUGUCCACAUUUCAAAAGUGCUGUUUUUUAUUGUUCAUGUAAUGCGUUUUUGUGACAUUUAAUUCAAUAAAUAUUUUUUUUUAUUAA